GUAGCUGAAGUUGAAGGAAGGACCGCGGAACGCUGCCACUCGCCUUCAGUUCCGUGCGAUUUGGCGUUUGGUGUGGACGCGAGUGGCGGAAGCAGGCGGCGUCGAUAGAAACGCGCUCUUCCAUCUUUCGUGAUGCGUCCCACCCAGGCAUAUUCCAAUGAAAUGUGCCACAAAAUGUUUACGGCCAUUGAAGCUCAAAGCAAGAGACCAUAGACGAGGUGCAAGGUGCUGUGGUAGUGGUUGGAAAACUAAAAGGAUUUAUAAAACUAAAAUUUAUAACUGAGUCGCCUUCGCAGAAAAAGCCACCGCUCAUCUACCCUUUUACCAAAACGCAUGUAAGCACAACCGGAGCCCAAGGAAAGCAAGUGGCAGGGAAAGAUGCCAUCGGCAGAUCAGAUCCUGUUUGUGAAUGUCACCGCAACGGUGGCGGCAGCGGCUCUAACCGCUGCGGCCGCCGUCAGCACCACAGAAUUCGGAAGCGACAAGGACGAACGGGGGUAUGUGGAUACGGAUGCCGAUGCGGGCAUGGGAACGGAGUCGGUGGCGAACAUAUCCGGUUCGCUGGUGGAGGGCCUGACCACUGUCACCGCGGCACUUAGUACGGCUCAGGCGGAUCCAGACUCCGCGGGGGAAUGCGACGGAGCUGUGGAGGAGCUGCAUGCUAGCGUCCUGGGCCUUCAGCUGGCUGUGCCGGAGUGGGAGGCCCUUCUCACCGCCCUGGUUCUCUCGGUCAUUAUCGUGCUGACCAUCAUCGGGAACAUCCUGGUGAUUCUUAGUGUGUUUACCUACAAGCCGCUGCGCAUCGUCCAGAACUUCUUUAUAGUGUCGCUGGCGGUGGCCGAUCUCACGGUGGCCCUUUUGGUGCUGCCCUUCAACGUGGCUUACUCGAUUCUGGGGCGCUGGGAGUUCGGCAUCCACCUGUGCAAGCUGUGGCUCACCUGCGACGUGCUGUGCUGCACCAGUUCCAUCCUAAACCUGUGUGCCAUAGCCCUCGACCGGUACUGGGCCAUCACAGACCCCAUCAACUACGCCCAAAAGCGGACCGUGGGUCGCGUCUUGCUGCUCAUCUCCGGAGUGUGGCUACUCUCACUACUGAUAAGUAGUCCACCGUUGAUCGGCUGGAACGACUGGCCGGACGAGUUCACCAGCGCCACGCCCUGCGAGCUGACCUCGCAGCGCGGCUACGUCAUCUACUCUUCGCUGGGCUCCUUCUUCAUUCCGCUGGCCAUUAUGACGAUCGUCUACAUCGAGAUCUUCGUAGCCACGCGGCGCCGCUUGAGGGAGAGAGCCAGGGCCAACAAGCUCAACACGAUCGCUCUUAAGUCCACCGAGCUGGAGCCGAUGGCCAACUCCUCGCCCGUCGCCGCCUCCAACUCCGGCUCCAAGUCGCGCCUUCUAGCCAGCUGGCUGUGCUGCGGCCGAGAUCGGGCCCAGUUCGCCACGCCUAUGAUCCAGAAUGACCAGGAGAGCAUCAGCAGCGAAGUCCACCAGCCGCAGGAUUCCUCCAAAGCGGGUUCCCACGGCAACAGCGAUCCCCAACAGCAGCACAUGGUCGUGUUGGUCAAGAAGUCGCGUCGCGCCAAAAUCAAGGACUCCAUCAAGCACGGCAAGGCCCGUGGUGGCCGCAGGUCGCAGUCCUCGUCCACCUGCGAGCCCCAUGGCGAGCAACAGCUCCUUCCUGCCGUCGGGGAUGGUGGUAGCUGCCAGGCCGGUGGAGGACACUCUGGAGGCGGAAAGUCCGACGCUGAGAUCAGCACGGAGAGCGGGAGCGAUCCCAAGGGUUGCAUACAGGUCUGCGUGACCCAGGCGGACGAGCAGACGUCCCUCAAGCUGACCCCGCCGCAAUCCUCGACGGGAGUCGCCGCUGUUUCCGCCACUCCGCUGCAGAAGAAGACUAGUGGGGUAAACCAGUUCAUCGAGGAAAAGCAGAAGAUCUCGCUAUCCAAGGAGCGGCGGGCGGCUCGCACCCUCGGCAUCAUUAUGGGCGUGUUCGUCAUCUGCUGGCUGCCUUUCUUCCUCAUGUACGUCAUCCUGCCCUUCUGCCAGAGCUGCUGCCCCACGAACAAGUUCAAGAACUUCAUCACCUGGCUGGGCUACAUCAACUCGGGCCUUAACCCGGUCAUAUACACCAUAUUCAACCUAGACUACCGACGAGCCUUCAAGCGACUUCUAGGACUGAAUUGAGACAGCCGGGCAGGGGCGGGCGGAGGAUUUAGGCCGGGCCAACCAAGGUUCGAACGGGAAAGCGUUACUCAAAGUCUGUGCCAAACUUAAAUGGUCGUUUGAGCGAUCAGCGAAGAUCUCAAUCUGUAGUUGGACCCUCAGUUGGCGACCUUUCAAAUUAAAAUUUUCUAUCACUUA